UAAAUGAAUUCACAGAGGAAAGACCCCAGCACUCGGUUGUACGUCGACCAAAUCAAUGUCAAUAUGUAAAUGAGAAUCGCUCCCCUAAACUCCCUCAACUCUGGUGCAGAUUCUUUUUUUUCUUUCCCCCCCAUCAAAUGUGUUUUAUACAAUCUUCAGUCAUUUCCCAAAAAAGAAAUACUUGUUUGUUUUUAGCUUUUAUCGCAAUUUUUUCACUGACAAACUUUAAUUGUAAUCCUGUGUAAAUCUUAUCAUUAUUGCGGGAUGCCUGCUGUUUUUGUGCUCUGCUAUGCUCCCUCCCUCUCUCACUAUGUUUGAUACUGAUUCCAACAUUUCAAUUUGAGUUGACUUGCCAAUAUUCAGUUAUUUAUGGCUUACCCAAUAAAGCAGUGCAGAGAAUUGGCUGAAACUUUUUCCAGAAAUCUGCUGCUGUCCAUCAAGUUACACUGAGCCCAAGAGUAUGGCAGAUAUUUUCUAAAUUCUAAACUGAAUUUAAUACUUCCCUGCACUCUCACUCAGAUACUCAUGACCUUACCCAAUGAUGCCUCAUUUGCUCCAACAAAACCUGAGGCUGUAACUGUCCUGGCACCAAGAAAAUAUUUGACUUUUAACUUCCACUUAUUAUUUUUCACCGUCAUCCAAAUUUUUCACUCAUCUUUCGUUGGUUCUUCAGAUCAUUUUUUCUGUGGUAGAACGCUAACAUGUCUGACGGUGAGCAAAGCCCUUAUAUAAUGUCACCUUGUCAAAGCAUCUUUCCCAGUGUUUCCUAUUUUAAUCUUAUCGUCAAACCUCUCAAACUAAAAACAUGUCCCAAUGCCACAAGGAUAUCAUGUGAAACCCAUUUUUGCACCUCUUUUCUGACCUUUUCAGUCACAAUAAGAAACUUUUUUUUCAUUAAAAGUGCUAAAUAUUAAACUGAGUUCAAGGCUUCGCAGUAUAAAAUCAAACACAAACUCUUUAGAUACUGAUCUCUCAACACAUGAUGUAGCUGCCAUACACUAAAUUUUGUUGCUUAGUGAGCCACAUGAUGGCAGUGACUGUGCUUGAUGGUCAAAUGAGGUCAUUGUUUCUAAAUCACCUGGAGCUAUAGUUGAGGUUGUGAGGUCUUUUCAUGUGAUCCCUCUGCUGUAUAGCAAGGCUUUCAGAUUCAUGCUUCAGAAGAUGUCUGAUGUGACUCCAAUCUGCUACACAGACAGUUAGACUGUAUUGGUAAUCAAAUGUCAGUGCGUACUAAAUUGCCUCAAAAGUGUUUCUGGUCCAAAGAAGUCAAACCCAGCCUGCCUAAAUGACUUUCACCCUGUGACCCUCACACCUGUUGUGACAAAAUGUCUGGAGGGCUAAUUCUGAAACGCAUAAAGAACACAGCAAAACUGAACCAAAUUGCAUAUAGGUCAAACCGAUUCACAGAAGAUGCUAUCUCCAUCACACCCCACCUCACGCUGUCCUACUUGGAGAGGAAGAACACCUUUACCACAGUCCUUUUCAUCGACUUCAGCUCAGCUUUUAAUACAAUCAUUCCAUAGCAGCUGGUGGAAAAGCUGAGGCUGCUAGGUGUGGAGACUGCAACCUCCCACUGGGUACUCAGCUUCCUGACAAAGCGGCAGCAGACGGUCAAGGUGGCCAGUCUGACAUCACAGUGAACACAGGCUCACCCCAGGGGUGUGUCCUGAGCUGUUUAGCCUGCUCACACAUGUCUGCACAGCUAAAUUCAGCACCAACCACAUUGUUAAGUUUGCGCUCAAUACAACAGUGGUUGGUCUCAUCACUGACAAUCAUGAGUCCGCUUACAGGAUGGUGUAGAUCCCACAAUCUCACCAUCAACGUGGACAAGAUAAAAGAAAUGGUGAUUGAUUCAGAAGGUCUGACAAAGAUCCCCACACACUACUCACUAUAAACGGUGCCACCAUGGAGCGGGUCAACAGUACUAAGUUCUUGAGAGUACACCUCGCUGAUGACCUGUCCUUCUCCAUCAACUCCACAGAAGUCACCAAAAAGGCAUAGAAGCAUCUCCACUCCUAUUGGAGACUCAGAAAAGCAAGACUCCCUACACCUCACCUUAUCACAUUUUACAUACAUAGCCAAGUGGAUCGUUCCACUUAUAUUAUUUCCAAAGGUCAAGUGGACUUGACUUAACACAUAUUUUGAAAGCUUCAUGUAUGAUUGCCGUGCUCGGUUCAGCUUCCUCCCUCAGUCCAAGUCACAAACAAGUUAUUGUCAGCGACUUUAAGUUUGGAUGUCUUAGGGAAGGAAGCGUCAACAUUAAUUGCAGAUUUUGACCCAUGCAGAUAAUUGCUCAGAGCUGUUUUGGUCAUUUAUAUAAAGCAAAAGAAGGUCUACAAGGUUGAGAAAUCAAGUGAGUGAAACUCAAAUCUAGAAGAGUGACUAAUUCUCUCUCUUGUCCAUAAUUGUCACUAACCCUCUGGUAUUUUUGAUGUAAGGGAUGGAGGCAAUACAGUCCUUGAUUUGUGCUGCAAUUCAUUCCAGACUCAAAGUUCAGAUGAAGGUUCUGGUUAUCUGGGUUUAACAAAUCAAGUGGAUGAUGUUCAAGGUUGCUGUCCUUUUGGUUCGGGCAGCAAACAUUGAAACACAAAGAGGUGGUUCUGCUCAAAAAAUUAAGGUGGCCAUUUAAACUGCAGGUGUCUCAUUUUAUUUUCAACUAAAGUCAUUUACGUAGGAAUCCUUCCAAAACUUAUUUGGGAAGGAACCUCUCUGCAACAAAUGUGGACAAAGUUUAUAUUUGCAGAUACUACUACCAUUCUCAAUUAACACGUAUAGGCACUGGUGCUGUGGUUUAUACACUUGAAAUAGAUACAGGGUUUCUUAAGAAUGAGCUUUUAGAAAGAAACGACAAAAAGAAGUGAUGAAGUGGUGACGUUGCGCUUUGUGCGUAAAAGUGAUUAUUGAGAGAAAGUAUCUGACGCUGCUGUUGUUAAAAUUAAAUGGCGGGGCGUCCGUAUAGCUCAACGCGUUAAGCGGCGACCCAUGUACAGGGGCUGGUCCCCGACGCAGCUGGCCCGGGUUCGAUUCCCGCUCGCGGCCCUUUGCUGCAUGUCUUCCCCGACUCUUCUCUCCUGUUUCCUGUCUCUCUCUCACUGUGCCUAUCCAAUAAAGCCGACAAAAAGGCCAAAAAAAUAUUUAAAAAAAAAAAUGGCAUUGUUCAGUCGAAUAAACAUGUCAAAAAGAUAAAAGACGAAGGGAGAGAACAUUUAAAAUCAACCCACCAAUUUUCAGCUCUCCUCUGCCUUUUUUCCCUUUUGACCUAACACUUCGUGCAUCAUUGCCGACAGAGAACCACAGCCCCGCUGACGUUUGUGUGAGAGGAGGAGCCGCCUGAAGUCAUUCAGAAUCCAGCAUCACUUGGAGAACUGCUCAAGAAACUCAUCCUCUAAUUCUAGAGGUGCCACAGUCUUUGUUCACUCUCACCAUGUUGCUCAGAACAGUCUGAACUGAUGCGCGCAGUUGGGCGGAUGGACGGAUGAAGUGCAGAAUGAGAGUGCAAAUCGUAAUCUGCAAUUUUUGAGAUGGAGCAGGACAUUUUAUGGAUCUCCCAACCGGAUAUUCUGCAUGAAUAAAACAGAAGAAGGCUGGAUGAGGAGACGCACUUUUCACACGCCACUUCUCCCGACCGCUGCUGUGCGUUAAUUGGACUUUUCCUCCAAAUAAAGAGUUAUUUAUUCUCUUUAAUAGCCUAAAUAAAUACAAAUAACGUUUCAUCAACCUGUUAGAGACGCUGUGUGGAUAUUAAACUGCCAACGCGCUGAUAGGCUUCACAGUUAAACAGCUGUCUGGAUGAUUAUUAUUAUUAUUAUUUUUUUUUUUUUUUUUUUUUGCAUCGUACUGAGCGGCAAAGUCGAUCUGCAACAGUUGAUGCUGAAGCAUCCUCCAGCCCGCCGAGACAACCGAUGAAACUUCCUGAAGUUUGACUCUGAAGUUUAACAGACAGUCCGCAGAUCUAUCACGAAGAGGCCAGACAUGGAAAUGACUAACAGGUCGGUGCAUUAUCCCUCUAUCCUCCAUGUGGAGCUCGGCCCGCUACAUGAGUUUCUGGAUGACAACGAAACCAACUCCACGGCUGGUGACCAGAACUUGGGCUGCGUUCAGAUCCGCAUCCCUCAGGAGCUCUUCCUGGCGCUGGGACUCAUCAGCCUGGUGGAGAACAUCCUGGUGAUUAUGGCCAUCAUCAAGAACCGCAACCUGCACUCGCCCAUGUACUACUUCAUCUGCUGCCUGGCCGUGUCCGACAUGCUGGUCAGCGUCAGCAACGUGGUGGAGACCAUAUUCAUGCUCCUCAAUGACCACCGCCUCAUGGACGUGCACCCCGGCAUGCUGCGCCACCUGGACAACGUCAUCGACGUGAUGAUCUGCAGUUCCGUGGUGUCAUCGCUCUCUUUUCUGUGCACCAUAGCCGCAGAUCGCUACAUCACCAUCUUUUACGCGCUGCGCUAUCACAGCAUCAUGACCACACAGCGCGCCGUCAUCAUCAUCGUGGUGGUGUGGCUGGCCAGCAUCACCUCCAGCAUCCUCUUCAUCGUGUAUCACACCGACAACGCCGUCAUCGUGUGCCUGGUUACGUUCUUCUGCAUCACCCUGGUGUGUAACGCCGUGCUCUACCUGCACAUGUUUCUCCUGGCACACGUGCAUUCCCGGCGCAUUAUGGCUUUCCACAAAAGCCGGCGUCAAUCCACGAGCAUGAAGGGUGCAAUCACCCUCACCAUCCUGCUCGGGGUCUUCAUUUUAUGCUGGGGCCCUUUCUUCCUCCACCUUAUCCUCAUCCUCGCCUGCCCCACCAGCCCCUUCUGCAACUGUUUCUUCCGAAACUUUAACCUUUUCCUCAUCCUCAUCAUCUGCAACUCGCUCAUCGACCCGCUCAUUUACGCGUACCGGAGCCAGGAGCUGCGUAAAACCCUGCAGGAGCUCGUCCUGUGUUCUUGGUGCUUUGGCGUGUGAAAUAAUGUAAAUUCAAGGACAGAGCAAGAGCAAGUGUAAAUCGGGUUAUCGACAGUGUUCUCUUCCCCUGAAUGUACUUUGUGACAGCUGAGGCGAGCCGUGACUGAGGUCAUGUCUGAACUGGCAGAUGGUGCGCCACACUGUCCAAGACUGUAGCUUUCUUCUCAUAAAGACUUGUGCACGUUAAAUGAUGAAUUCAGCUUCAGAUUUAUUUGAGGGUUUAUUUGUUGUUACACUUAAAAAAAAAAAAUUACGUCAUCUGGCAAAUGAGUCUCGUAAGUUACAGAUAUUCUUUGAUUUCAAACACUGGACUAAAUUAUUGUAACUGUGAGGAUUGGGGGUUUUUUGCGUCUUUUGCUGUUUUUUUUUUCUAUAACUCAUGUUUUUGUUUUUGUCUUUUUUUGUUUGUUUGUUAAUGAAGUGUCGAAACAUGUGACCUGUCUCAUCUUCACCAAACUUUAAGGCAUCAGGAAAAAUGAAAGGUUACUUCCCUUUGAAGUCACCUUUAAAUUAUGAUAUUAUGUGGAUCUAAUUUAAUUAUUAUUCAACAGCAAAGAACUUUAUGACAUUUUAGGCUUUUGAUGUGUCGUUAAAAAAAAAAAAAAACCUAAUUGCCAUGACUGUCAUCCCCUGCGGCUGGGACUUUUUCUGCUCCUGGCAUUAUCUUAACGCCAUUCAUGCCCUUUUAUUCUAAAAAGAAUGGAUGGUGAUGCACACGAUAUCAUUAAAGUUGAAAUUACUGUUGCUAAAACACCGUAUAGUAUAGAUGUGACUGUGCUGAUUUGUUCUAGCUUGGCUCAAAAGGAGCAAACACAUGAAAUAUUAGAAGAGUAAUACUUUACAAAUGAGCCAACUUACAAAGUAGUCCUUGGUUGCAGUGUUUGGUAGGGUUGCAUGUGAAUUACUCUUCCAAAAAUAAAGGUAAAGGAUAGGAUAAGCAUCACAUGAGCAGCCUGCUUUGGGUUGUUACUCAUUCAUAAGAACGUUUUUGAAAGGAGGCAUGUCAAAGUUAAACAUCUGGAGGCUUGUGCUGUUCUCUGAAAUGUGUAAAAUGGGGAGUUUCAAAAAGAUUUCAAGCCUCUUUAUACUUAUGUAGGUCAAAGAAGUGAAGCAUUGGGCCAGAUGGCAUGUGAGGAAGUUUUGAUUAAGUAUAGAAUUGAAAGAAAGAGAGGAAGAAAAGAACCUCUGUUACUGGACAUUUUUUGCCAGUGUAACCAGCACAGAUGAAAGUCCAACAAAUUGGUUACAUGAAUCACCAAAAACAGUCUUUAACUUUAUUAACUUUUGCCUUCAGUACUUCAUUAACAAUUUCAGUAAAUCAAACUAUCCUAAAACAAACUGGUCCUUACAGACCUGUUGUUACAAAUGGAACCUUCAUUUUCUACUUUUUAGCAUUGUCAUUUAUACAAACUGAAAUGCAGUCAUAUAUAUCUGCAUGUGAGCCAUUCAGCAUAUUUAUUUUCACUACUUACUGCUGUGGGGUAGGGAUUUUUAAGUUAAAAGAGGACAUUUUUUUUCCAAAUGAAGGGGGAAAAAAGGUCCUGUGACCAAGCUGGCCAUGCAAGACUAUCAUGCAGGGACAAAUCUGGAUGUUACUGUCAAUAAUGUAAGCUGUCAUACACUGUAGUACUUUAAAUAAUGCUUUCCAAAGUAUUUGGUGCUGAGUAAUAUAGCUGGGGUUUAUACACUCACCCCUGUUAUCAAUCAGUUUAAUCCUUCAUAUUUGUCAGUGUCAUUUUUCUGGUGAUUUUGAUGAAUAAUCCACUGUAUUCUUCUUUUGGUGUCUUGUAUUAUGGUAAGUUUAACAGCAUAAUUUAAUUGUCUGUGUUUUUCUGUCAUGCUGUGGGUCUGUUACAUAGAACUAAGAAUGUACAUUCUGGUUGUUUGGUGAAAAUAAUCUCUAUGUACGGUGAUGAGACUCUGUGCUUCAGUAUAUCACCUUAAAUAAACAUGGUUCAACACAUAUUAACUAAGAAACAUGCUGCCUGCAUCCCAUGUAAACUAACUUAGCAGCCUGCAGGACUGUAUUGCUCACUUAUCAUACAGAAGGAUCGAGUGUUGCAUGUAAUCAUUGAAAUUGUUUAUAUGUUUGUCCCAAAUAAAGGGACCAAAACAGGAGCUUGGUGAAUGCAUAGUGACAGCGGGGUUAUUUUUGAUCAUUCUGAAAUAUAUUUUUUCUAUUUUU